AGCUCCGAUCUCCACACUCCCCCCCUCCCGUGCUGCGGGAAUGGUUUAACCCGUUCAGUGAGGGGAGACACAAAGGAAGCGCGUUCACUGCUCUCUGAACGGAGGGGGAUACAAUUGGGUGCAUGGUGUAAACAUGGAAUAAUAAAAAAAAACCCCACAAGGCUGCAUUUCCAUUUUGCGUCGCGCUGUGUCCAUUAUCGGCCGUUAAUAUUACAUGAGGUGCUGACUAACAACAGCGCGUCUGUCUGGACGACAAAGGGGCGAGAGGCAUAAAGUGUGGAAUUGAAGCCAAGAGCGGAGGAGGAGAGGAGAAAGAGAGGAGAGGAGGAGAGGAGUUGAGCAUUGUUUCAUCCUCGCUUCAAAGGUUUCUGGAGUUGUUCUCUGAUUUUGGACCGAAUCCGCUUCAUCCAGACGCGAUGUUGGGUUCUUCAAGCUGACCAACAACGACUGAUUGGGGAUUUUCCUGUGUUCAUUUCAUCUGGGGUUUGUUUUCUUUGAUUUUGUAUGUGGACUCGAGUAUGAAGAAGGAACAUCACGCUAAUAUGUUGCAUCUCUGAGGUAAACACGUCCCAAUGGGGGAGGCCUGCUGAACCACACAUCCCCACACUCCCUUCCUUUGAUCCCUCACCCCACACUGCCUCGAACACCUUAUCUUGAGCCACCAUGACUUCCACCAGCCAAAUGUUUGGUUUGGCGGAGCUGGGGCUGAGGUGUGACCAGGAGAUUGAGAGGAAAUAUGAGAUCGUGCCAUCAGUGGUCUGCUCCAUGUGCUGCCUCUUUGGAAUCAUCUACUGCUUCUUUGGCUACAGAUGCUUCAAGGCCGUGUUGUUCCUCACAGGCCUAAUGUUUGGCUCUGUGGUCAUCUUCAUGCUGUGCUACAAGGAGCGGGUGAUGGACACUCAGCUGAGCGUGGAGGCCUCAGUCGGUAUCGGGCUGGGGAUCGGGACCCUGUGUGGCCUGGUGACCAUGCUGGUACGCAGCGUGGGACUGUUCAUGGUGGGCCUCCUGCUCGGCCUGCUCGUCGGCGUGGCUUCACUGGUGGUCAUGGAGGAGUUCUACCACCCCAAAACUGUGUGGGUCCCCCUGGGCAUCCUCCUCGGCUGCGGGACAUUAUUUGCAGUCCUCACUCUUCAGUGGCAGUGCUUCUUCGUCACCAUCUCCACCGCCACGUUUGGCUCGGCCAUCAUCACUGUCACCGUGGAUUACUUCAUAGAGCUGUUUGCCUUGGUGCACUAUGUCUACGAGAGACUCCGGGUGGCACCAAAGAAGCCAGUCUGCUGGUUUACCUGGGUCAUCUUGGGAGUGUGGCCUGUCCUGGCGGUCCUCGGAGUGCUGAUCCAGUGGAAAGUCACUGCAGAGGGAUUUUCUCACACAGAGGUGGUUUUGAGCCGCCAGCAACGGAGGAUCCAGCUCAUGCGUAUCCGACAGCGUGAAGAGAAACUAAAGAAGGAGAGGGAGAACAAGAAGAAGAAAAAGCGACCGAGCCAAAAGACCAACGUAAAGCAGAAGGGCCACAUCACCCAUCACCACCACCACCAGCAAUAUCACCAUCCAGCAGUGUCCCACGUGCAUCAUCAAACCCAGAGCUCUCAGCCUCCGAAACUCCCUCCUCCUCAGACUGAACCCGGCUACCACCGCAAGGUCAACCCUAAAAGACGCUUCGAUGGAGAUGUGCUGUCACCGAGCUACAUCAGGAGUUUCAGGGACCGGCAGACUGACAGGCGGGCGUACUCCCACAGUCGAAUGAUGAGCCGAUCCCGGAUGGCCGAACUUGACUAUGACUGCGGCUCUCAGGUGCCCCUCACGGCCCCUAAUGGACCCCCAGUUCGCAUAUGAUGCAGCGAAUGAGGCUCAGUUCCGUGUACACGACUGCAGAAUCUGCUUCAAAAAAGAAAUGUUGUCACAGAAUAGAAUAUCGAACCUUACUGUGCCGAACCUAAUCGACUGCCUAUCCCAAAAGUGGGAAGGCUGAGUCUCACAUUGGUUUCCUCCUCUCAGAUAAGAGGUUGCUUAUUUAUAAGGACAGCUCGGUCCCAUUUUGUGUUUUUUAAAUAUCAAGAAAUAAGGAACAAGAACUGACUACUGUUGAAGCAAUGUGAGUCUUCUGGUACUGGACCUAUUGAGAGGACACUGGAUAAAUAACUGGACCUGUCUUGUGGGGAACAGACUGAACUGUUUGUGUCGAUCAUUUGAUUUAAGGAGAUUUCCAAUCAAAUUAUAGAGAGAAUUAAAGUGUAAAACACCAAUUUCUCCCUAAGUGGUUGGGCCAUGCAAGAUAUAACUGUAUAUUCAAGGAGUCAAUGUAAAAAUAUAUAUUGGCUUUAAGAAAGAACAUUAAAAAAAAACACACACUGGAACAGAGAGGCAGCUCUUCAUAAUGUUAUUCUUUGAAAUGUUGCUGAAUGAAAUCAGCCGGUUAUUUUCACUGACAGCAUGUGAAUCCAGACUUGGGGGCACACGUGUUGUUUUGGCUCGGGGUGCAUUGCAUUAAGCAUUUACCAUUAAAGACAGUUUUUUUUUUAAUGUACUUUAACUCACGAGCACUCAGUGUGUCAUCGACUAUGUUGCCCCCCCCCCCCCAAUCGCCAACUGGACCAGAGCAGGAGACGCACCCGUACCUCCCUCCCUGUGUCCUCUUUCCACUGACUUUAAAGCGACUGUAUGUAAAUCUGAUUCUUAGACAUGGCUCGAAGUGCUCUCACAUUCCCUUUCCACCACUCGCCCCGAUCUAUCUGGUCCAGAAUCUGUUACAAAUGCUGUUAUAACAUAAUUAACACAUGUCUGAUACUGGUGGUGGUCCAUGUAUUUGACUGUUGACUUGUUGACUGUCAAUAAAGUGUUUUGUGUGUGUGAGAGGAGGCAAAUGAGCCCUGUGACAAAUGAUGGCUCAUACCAAAUAGAGAGAUGGGGGGGAUCAAUGAUAAUGUAUGUAGUCAUGUUAUGUUAUCCUCAUGAGUCAAAUGUGAAUCUAGUAGUUCUGACACGUGAACUGAUGCUAAAGAGGGGGUUUGAGUCUCCUGUAAAAUGACAGUGAAAGUGAAAAAAAAGUGAAAAAAUCUCCCUACAAAUGGCGCCCUCUAAUGUUUACUACUGGACCUUUACUGUUUGUGUGUGAAUAUGUUUGUAUGUACAUGCUUUUGCGAACGGCUCAUUUUUUUUUAAAUGAAAUCACACAGACACGCCGUUGUUGUGCUGAGCGUCCGGACUUUUGUAAAGGAAGUAUUUUCAGUGCAGUUUCAGUUCCAUCCGGAAUUGAAUGUUUCUGUAAACAUGAAAUCAAAUCUAAUAUUGCAAAACACAAACGUGCAUUUCACAACAUUGGAAACAAACUAUUUGAGUUUUGUAUGGUUCGUUUUAUACCUUAUUUUCUAAA